ACCGUCGAAACAACGUUUCACAAGAGGGAAUUUUUCAAAUCGAGAAGAGGCGCUCUUGUGUGAGGGGGAGAGGAGUCUAACAACACAAACAAUGUACAGACCAGGGAAAGGCAAGACUCCUCGGAAGCCUGGCCCAAAGAAGGCAUCCAACAUAGAGAAAGAUCCAGUUGGAGUAUACUGCCGUAUACGUCCACUUGGCACAGAAGAUGAGGAAUGUUGUAUUGAGAUGAUCAGCAGCUCGACUAUUCAGCUGCAUGCUCCUGAUGGCCUUAAAGCCAACCGCAAUGGAGAAUACAAAGAGAUGCAGUACUCUUUUAAAAAAGUAUUUGGUAUUAAUACCACUCAAAUGGAGCUGUUUGAGGAUGUUGCCAAGCCUCUAGUAGAGGACCUCAUUCAUUGUAAAAAUGGUCUGCUGUUUACAUAUGGCGUUACUGGAAGUGGUAAGACUUACACCAUGACCGGCUCGCCUGGAGAUGGAGGACUCCUCCCUCGUUCCCUAGACAUGCUCUUCAACAGUGUCGGCCCUUUCCAGGCCAAAAGAUUUGUGUUUAAACCAGAUGACAAAAAUGGGAUGGAGAUCCAGAGUCAAGUUGAUGCUCUCCUGGAGAGACAGAAGCGAGACAGUCAACCGUUAGUGCCCAAAACACCCUCCUCCAGGCAGAAGGCUGACCCGGAGUUUGUGGACAUGAUCAGCCCAGAAGAGGCAUGCAAAUCUGAGAAUGUGGAUGAUGACUGUUGUUACAGCGUUUUUGUGUCCUACAUCGAGGUCUAUAACAACUACAUCUACGAUCUCCUCGAAGAUGCUCCGUUUGACCCCAUCAGACCAAAGUGGCUUGGUGGAGGCACGCCUGUACGGAACACUGAGUUCACACCACCUCAGUCCAAGAUUCUGCGUGAAGAUCAGAAUCAUAACAUGUAUGUGGCUGGCUGCACAGAAGUUGAGGUAAAAUCUACAGAGGAGGCUUUUGAAGUCUUUUGGAAGGGACAAAAGAAAAGAAGGAUCGCCAACACUCAACUCAACCGUGAAUCCAGUCGCUCACACAGUGUGUUCACUGUGAAGCUGGUCCAGGCACCUCUUGAUGCUGAUGGGGACCACAUUCUACAGGACAAAAACCAGGUGAAUGUGAGCCAGCUGUGUUUGGUUGACCUGGCAGGCAGCGAGCGCACCAGCAGAACCAGAGCAGAAGGCAGCCGUCUCCGUGAAGCGGGUAAUAUAAAUCAGUCCUUGAUGACACUGCGAACAUGUAUGGAAGUCCUGCGUGAGAACCAGAUGUGUGGAACCAAUAAGAUGGUGCCAUAUAGGGACUCUAAAGUGACACAUCUAUUUAAAAACUACUUUGAUGGAGAAGGAAAAGUCAGGAUGAUUGUGUGUGUCAACCCAAAGGCUGAUGAUUAUGAAGAAACGAUGCUGGUGAUGCGGUUCGCAGAGAUGACACAGGAGGUGGAGGUGGCGCGGCCAGUCGACCGGCCAAUCUGUGGCCUUGCUCCAGGACGCAGACACAGAAACCAGGCAUUCAGAGAUGAGUUAUCACGUCGCCUGGAGGAGCGAGGAGGCCCCAGCAAUGCUGAUGAUCCAAUUCUGCUGGAUCCGCUCAUUGAAAGCCUUCCAGCUCUGCCUCCAUGUGAGUUGAUGGAUCCAGCUGAUGAUCAGACGCUGCCCCGCCUGAUUGAGGUUCUGGAAAGGAGGCAUCGUAUCCGUCAGAUGAUGUCUGAGCAGUUCAACAAAUCUGCCAGUACAAUGAAGUCCAUGCUCCAGCAGUUUGACGGUCAGCUCGGUGCAAAGGAGACUUUCAUCCAUGAUCAGCAAAGCAAACUGAGCGAGAAGGACAAAGUUAUCAUCAGCCAGCGGGCGGAGAUCGAUCGAUUAGAGAAAAAACACAAAACGCUGGAAUACAAGGUUGAUAUCCUGCAAAAAACAACUGACAUGUAUGAGCAGGACAAACGCUCGCUUCAGCAGGAGCUGGACACCCGGGCGCAAAGGCUACAAAUGGAGCUGUCAGAGAGGAGGCGAAUGGAGCAGCGAAUGCAGGGCAUGGUCACGGACACCAAGCUCAAGUGGGAGAAGGAGUGUGAGAGGCGAGUUAAUGCCAAGCAGCUCGAGAUGCAGAACAAGUUGUGGGUGAAGGAUGAAAAGUUGAAGCAGCUCAAAGCCAUAGUGACAGAGAGCAGCAGCGGCAGCCGUCCCGCUGAGCGUCCAGAGAAGCCUGAGAGACCCUCAAGGGAGAGAGACCACAACAUUGGCAAGAAGAGGUCUGCCUCACCAUCGCCACUUCCUGACUUCAGCCAAACUCCUUCCAGCCAAAAUCGAGCCAAUGUUAGGGCAGUUCAGGACCCAUACCCCACCUCCUCCUCCCCCCCCUCUUCGUCCUCCUCCUUUUCCACCACCACCUCCUCUUCAGCUUAUCCUUCAGUAGCUUCCUGCAUCUCAGACUGGGAGCAAAGGUUCCCCGUAGACUCCAGCAGCCAGGGUAGGCAGUUUGGGACCCCUCAGUACAGGAGCCGGACUCCCGCCCCAUGCCACAGCACCAGCAGCGUGGGUCGUAGGAGAGGCCAGCGCUGGGCCCCAGACACUGAGGCCCCUGCUACAACUCUUGUCUAUGGGCUAGACCUAGAGGCAGGCACAAGGACGGCUCCGCCAGUUCGUCCAACGCACAGGCGCUCACAAUCUGCGGGUGGGGAGAAAUGGGUAGACCACAAACCAUCUUCUAAUUUGGACCUAGACACUGUCAUGCAGCCAAUCAUACCCAAUGCAAUCAAGGUGUCGACCCCGAACGAGAAAGCUCUGUCUAAAUGCCACAAGUAUGUGCUUAGACAUCAAGAGCUUGCCUCUGAUGGGGAGAUCGAGACCAAGUUGAUCAAGGGCAAUGUCUUUAAAACCAGAGGUGGAGGACAAGCUGUGCAGUUUACAGACAUCGAGACACUAAAACAAGAGUGCCCAACUGCACCAAGUCGCAAGAGGAGAUCAGGAUCCGCAGAGGGACCCGCUCAAAUGGACGACACAGAAAACAGGGCUCCGAUGGCAAGCACAAGUUUGGCUGUUGGGUAUCAGAAACGCAGAAAGCCUUGAGUUGCUGUACAUAUGAAGGAACUUUUUUUCCUGAUUGAAAACAUGCAGGAUUUUGUCUGCUGUCUAUCGGAGCAGUGAAGGGAACACCAAGUACACUAUGCAUCUUUUUGAGAAACAAAGCUUUUUUUUGUAUUAUGUUUGAUCUUAUUACAAAUUUUUAGAGUGCUUUAAUAAUUUAAUCAUCGCCAGAAUUACAUCGAUUUAAGAAAUGUAGAAUAUUUCACUUACAAUGUGCUGAAUUAGUCCGCUUUAUUCCUUUUUUUGAAUACAAUGAUAACCUCUUAAAGGCAUGGACAUAAUAAAUACCCAAAUGUAAAAAUGUCAUGAUAAAAGACAAUGUUUUAUUACUUAAACUUUUUACCACCACCCAAAGAUUAGAAUAUUAGAGCUUUAGAAAAUGUUAUAUUUUUUUAAAUGAAUAGUGCUAUUUCCUGCCUUUUCUUUUGUUUUUUUUUUAGAAAUACAAUGUGUCAAGAAUCGACUGUAAAUAUAGAGCUGCUAAGUAGGUUUUGCUUAAAUCACUUUUCUGACUAACUGCAAAUAAGUAUUAUGAAGCUCAGAUGAACAACUCAGAUGUGUAACACACUACUCCUGGUACUCUUGGUACCACACUCGAUGGCAUUAAAUUUAUUUGAACACAAAAA